GAGGGCGGGGACUUGGCUGCUCCCGCUUAGCUCAGCUCCGCUCCGCGCACCCACGCCUCGCAACUCCGCUUCGUGACCCCCACCCGGGCAUGCGCCCCCCGAACCCCUGGUCACCCAGAGCCCGCGCCGCCCCCCAGAGCCUUCCCAGAGCCGGCUGUGCAGGAUGGGCGCCCUCGGUCCCAAGUUGCCGCCGCCGCUGCCGCUGCUGCUAAUGCUGGGAAUUGGGUGCUGUGCCCGGGAAGUGCUGGUUCCUCAGGGGCCUCUGUACCGCGUGGCUGGCACCGCCGUCUCCAUCUCCUGCAAUGUCAGUGGCUAUGAGGGUUCUGCCCAGCAGGACUUCGAGUGGUUCCUGUACAGGCCUGAGGCCCCAGAGGCCGCCCUGGGCAUCAUCAGCACCAGGGACACCCGGUUCUCCUAUGCCGUCUUUGGGCCCCGAGUGGCAGCUGGUGACGUUCAGGUGCAGCGUCUGCAGGGCGAUGCCGUGGUGCUCAAGAUCUCCCGCCUGCAGGCCCAGGAUGCUGGCAUUUACGAAUGCUACACACCCUCCACUGAUGCCCGCUACCUGGGCAGCUACAGCGGCAAAGUGGAACUGAGAGUUCUUCCAGACUUGCUGCAGGUGUCUGCGAGCCCCCCGGGGCCCCGAGGCCGCCAGGCCCCGACUUCACCCCCUCGCCUCACAGUGCACGAGGGGCAGGAGCUGGCACUGGGCUGCCUGGCGAGGACCAGCACGCAGAAGCACACGCACCUGGCCGUGUCCUUUGGGCGAGCCGUGCCCGAGGCGCCUGUGGGGCGAGCGACUCUGCAGGAAGUGGUGGGGCUGCGGCCCGACCUGGCGGUGGACGCCGGAGCGCCCUAUGCUGCGCGGCUGGCGGCCGGGGAGCUGCGGCUGGACAAGGAGGGGUCCGAGCGGUACCGCAUGGUGCUGGGCGGUGCCCAGGCUGACGAUGCAGGCACCUACCACUGCACUGCCGCCGAGUGGAUUCAGGAUCCGGAUGGCAGCUGGGCCCAGAUCGCAGAGAAGAGGGCUGUGCUGGCGCACGUGGACGUUCAGACGCUGGCCAGCCAGCUGGCCGUGACGGUAGGGCCUGGUGAGCGUCGGAUCGGCCCCGGGGAGCCCUUGGAGCUGCUGUGCAACGUGUCGGGGGCCCUGCCCCCACCAGGCCGUCACGCUGCGUACUCCGUGGGCUGGGAGAUGGCACCCGCAGGGGCACCUGGGCCCGGCCGCCUGGUGGCCCAGCUGGACACGGAGGGAGUGGGCAGCCUGGGCCCCGGCUAUGAGGGCCGGCACAUUGCCAUGGAGAAGGUGGCUUCCCGAACCUACCGGCUACGGCUGGAGGCUGCCCGGCCUGGGGACGCGGGCACCUACCGCUGCCUAGCCAAGGCCUACGUCCGAGGGUCUGGGGCCCGGCUUCGCGAAGCCGCCAGCGCCCGCUCCCGGCCCCUUCCCGUGCACGUCCGGGAAGAAGGUGUGGUGCUGGAGGCCGUGGCCUGGCUAGCGGGAGGCGCCGUGUACCGCGGGGAGACGGCCUCCCUGCUCUGCAACAUCUCUGUGCGGGGCGGCCCCCCUGGGCUGCGGCUUGCUGCCAGCUGGUGGGUGGAGCGGCCGGAGGAGGGCGAGCUGAGCUCUGCCCCUGCCCAGCUGGUGGGCGGGGUGGGCCAGGACGGCGUGGCGGAGCUGGGGGUCCGGCCUGGCGGAGGCCCUGUCAGCGUGGAGCUGGUGGGUCCCCGAAGCCAUCGGCUGAGGCUGCAUGGCUUGGGGCCUGAGGACGAGGGCGUGUACCACUGCGCCCCCAGCGCCUGGGUGCAGCACGCCGACUACAGCUGGUACCAGGCGGGCAGUGCCCGCUCGGGGCCUGUCACCGUCUACCCAUACACACAUGCCCUGGACACUCUGUUUGUGCCCCUGCUGGUGGGCGCAGGGGUUGCCCUAGUCAUCGGAGCCACCAUCCUCGGCUCCAUCACCUGCUGUUUCAUGAAGAGGCUGCGGAAACGGUGAUUCCUCGCACCCCAGGUGUGACUGUCUUCCAGCCCAGCCGCAAGCCUGCCUCUGGUGUCUGAAUACCCUCUCCCUCUGCCUGCUCUCCCUUUAAUUUAUUUGACCAACUCCCACCCAGAGUGGGGGACGUGGCCACCGACCCCCCACUCCUUCCUUCCCAAGCUCCUCCCUCUGGCCUUCUAUUCAUGAUCUCAUACCCAGCCCAAAGGGAGGCAGUCCCCUGUCUUAGAAUUAGUUUUUCUAAAAUGUGAAUAAACUUGUUUUAUAAAAUC